UAGUACUCAGUUACCUGGUGGCGCUUUUGGAAGAGUCGUUGAUCUCACAAAUGGGGAUUGCAUUUGCAGUGGAAUAAGGGUUAUGAACAGAGAUAUUGACUCAGUUCUUGGCUUUAUUCAGCAACUGCGGCAUAUAUUAUUUUCAAUGGUUUAUGUCUGUGAUCACUGAUUACUGUCAUUCGCGAGUGAGUGUUUACAAAAAAACCUAGAUGAAGAGAAACAUUCAGGAAGUGUAAGAGAUUAACUGAAGAAAGACAAAGAAUCAAGUAUCCCAGAGGAAAAACUGAUAAAGAAUGGCGUGCAUCGUAGCUAAACUCAGAGCAACAACCCAAUGCUCCUCUCUUCUGAGGCGCAUUCAGAGCAUGAGCAACAUUCCCGAAAACACAGUGUACUCAGGACCCAUUUCCCAGAACUCGAACCAGAGAGUGACGCUGUCCCAGUUGAGGCAGAAGCACAAGAAGUCCGAACCCAUCUCCAUGGUCACUGCCUACGAUUACCCUUCCGCAGUGCACGUGGACAUGGCCGGAAUUGACAUCUGCCUCGUCGGUGAUUCCGCAGCCAUGGUGGUUCACGGUUACGACACCACUCUUCCCAUCACCAUCGAUGAAAUGCUCGUUCAUUGCCGCGCAGUGGCUCGUGGAGCCAAAACACCUCUUCUUGUUGGGGACUUGCCUUUUGGAACAUAUGAAUGCAGCCCCAACCAGGCAGUGGAUGCUGCAGUACGGAUUUUGAAAGAAGGGGGAAUGGAUGCCAUAAAAUUGGAAGGAGGGUCCCCUUCGAGAAUUGUUGCUGCAAAAGCUAUUGUUGAGGCUGGAAUAGCAGUGAUGGGGCAUGUUGGGCUUACUCCCCAGGCCAUUAGUGUUUUAGGGGGAUUUAGACCUCAAGGAAGGAAUGUUGCUAGUGCUGUCAAGGUUGUGGAGACGGCAUUGGCUUUACAGGAAGCAGGGUGCUUCUCGGUUGUUCUAGAAUGUGUGCCUGCCCCUGUGGCUGCUGCAGCAACAGCAGCCCUUCAAAUUCCGACAAUCGGAAUUGGAGCUGGACCCUUUUGCAGUGGACAGGUGCUAGUUUAUCAUGAUCUGCUUGGUAUGCUACAACACCCCCACCAUGCAAAGGUUACUCCAAAAUUUUGUAAGCAAUAUGCCCGUGUUGGAGAUGUCAUCACUAAAGCAUUAGUGGAGUAUAAGGAAGAUGUGAUAAAUGGUUCAUUUCCUGAUGCUCAGCAUAGCCCAUAUAAGAUCAGUGAAACAGAUGCUAAUGGUUUCUUAAAUGAGUUGCAAAGGUUAGGUUUUGACAAGGCAGCAUCUGCGGUGUCUGAUGCAGUUCAGAAAAUGGUUACAAACAAGUCAAUUGGUGAAAGAAACUCAACAAAGUGAUUAUUUAGUAAAGCUACAUGAUAGCCCUUCUUUUUCACUUGAUGUCCUUCAUUUUCUUUAAUGUCAGAUAAUUAAAAGGCACAACACUUGACUAAGAUAGAUAGAUGCCAUCUUGGGGCAUAUUUCUUUUCUUGUUUUUCCUCAUCUCCUUUUGAUAGUCAAGGUGGAAUGCAUGAAUCUAGAUAUGCUACAGUACAGAAACAUGUUUUUGCUAUCUAACGUCAUAUAUGGAGCCUCCAAAAUACCAAAGCCAAUAUCAGUAAAAUAGUCCUACGUUUUGAAGCAUUGUAGCAGAGUAGAAUGUUGGAAACUGACUCUGAGUAAACCCGUUCAUAUGUGGAAGCCGAUGUCUACUUCAUUCACUCACCAAAAUGAGGUGGGUGGUAACAUGCUUGGAUUGUGUUAUUUACCGGUUCUUCUUUUUUC